UUAUCUUGUAUACAGAAGUCUGAGAUUAUUGAAUAGAUCGGCGCUAAUUUUACAAUGCUUGGAGAUGAUGAUUGUAGUGAUGAGGCAUUGGAGAAGGAUCUACUAUACGACGAGAAUGCCAAAAAUUCCAACAGUUCAAUGGAAUUUUAGUGCUUCUUAAAAUAACAUGUCAUGAUGCCCUUUUUGACGUUUAUGUUGUCAGAAAAAAAUCGAAUAUAAAAUCCCAAGAAGUUGUCUUACGUUUUUGGAGGCACAAGACGCAUUGCACCAUACAGCGCGGAAAAAGUUGAAGGCGACGUUCAGUUGGAUUGUUGAAGUUCUAGUUACGUGGUAAGUAAAAUCUGGGCUCAGCGAGCAGGUAGAUGGGACCUUCUUGACAAGGAUGCCACUUAUUUGAGUAAUAACUGCAGGCUCUGUACCUUCCAUUUUCAUGAUCGAAUGUAUACAUCUACUGAGAGGAAGAGGCUUGUACAGAUUGCAGUUCCAGAGAUCUUUGUUCUGCCAACAGGUGAAAUAAAAAUUUACUGGGAUAAUGAUGCAAUGUUUUUAAUUAAAGCACCUGAUAUAGCCUCUCAGUUGGAGGUGUUUGAUGAGAUACGGAAAGAACUUAAUUUGGAAGAAUAUAUUACGACUGGCAACAUGAAACCUGGAGUGUCUGUUACACAAGGAAAAGUUGAAGAAGAUGAAGAAAUAAAUAUAAACUACAAAGAAGAAAUAAAGGCAUGGAAUAGAACCUUACAAGAGUUAAGUGAAAUGGCUAGUAGGUACUGCAGAUUGUGUGCACAGGCAUCUGACAAUUUAGUUCCUGUAUUCAGUGAGCGAGGGCUUGAACUUAAACUGGAAGAGAAAAUUCACACACACCUUCCAAUUAUGGUGACGCCAGAUGACUUGAUGCCUGUCAGUUUAUGUAUGUCAUGUAUUUCGAAACUGGAAGUUUGCCAUCAGUUGGUUAAUUGCUGUUUGGAAGCAGAUAGCAACCUAAGGACAAUGUUAAAGUUCUCCGAAAUAUUUGAAGACGAGUCUCAAGAUUAUGAUGAAAAUGGCCAUGGUGGCGGUCUUCAAGUGGACGAUCAAACUCCCAGUGAAAAUGCAGAUAUUGAAAUGGAAAAUCAAGAUAGUGAUAGUCAGAAUCCUGAUCACAAUUCGAAUGUGGCAUAUGAAGAUGGAGAACAUUAUGGUGCCCAUGUUGUAUCUCAGUCACCAAGUGAUGACCAAAUGGAUUCUGCUAGUUGUAAUGAUCCAUCAGUGUGCAAAAUGGAAGUUAUUGAAACAGAUAUUGCUAACCAGGCACAUCAUGGUGAAGUAAUAGAACAAAUUAUUGAAGAAAAUGAUGGUUCUGAUGGAAAUGAGGACCUGACAGGCGAUAAAGAAGAAUAUAUGGAGCAGGGUGAACAAGAGGAAAAUAAGUGGCCGAUAAGUAUAAAACUGGAUCAGAACUUCUCUACACUUGACAUAUCCAAGCUGAAAGGAGAAGUGACGCUGCCUGUUAGCAAGGCUCUUAAUCUGUUUGGAGAUGAAAAUUUCAAGGUUUCAAAUAAACCAAAGUAUAAGGUGGUGGUUGUCAAAUUAAAAACGUCCCCAGAUGUAUCCCAGGAUCUACAGAUAUCUAAAGCAUUGCAGUUGCUGAAGACCGAUGGGAAUGAAGCUGAAGCAACAGAGAAUGCUGAGGGUGUGCAAGAGUUUCGUUUAGCAGAACAAGAGAGAUCUCAGUCUGAACAAUUCCCCUUUGAAUGUUCUACUUGUGGAAAAACAUUCCAGAAGAUAGGAGAGAUGGCACAACAUUCUGCCAUUCAUGAAAAUGUACGUCAACAUAAAUGUCAGUUGUGCGGCAAAAGGUUCAAUCGGCGAGGGAAUAUGCUUGUGCAUCUAAGAAGACACCAGACAGCCAAUAACUUUACAUGUAAAAUAUGCAUGGAGACAUUUGAUACUUUUGGUGAGAUGCUGUCUCACCGUAAAACGCAUAGCAAAGAAGAGAUAGAGCGUGCUGCUAUCCUGAGAACAACCACAGGACAAGCAAGUGAAAUAAAGUGUGAAAUAUGUGGCAAGGUGCUGUCAACAAAAAUAUCAUUGCGUUACCACAUGAUGACACAUUCAGGCGAAAAGCCCUAUGAAUGCGAUUUCUGCCAUAAGAAGUUCACUAUGAAGACAACUUUGGCUUAUCACCGACGCACUCACACUGGUGAGAAACCAUAUCAGUGCCGUUUCUGUGAUGAUGCAUUCCAGUCGAAGCAAGGACUUGUUAUUCACGAGCGGCUGCACACUGGAGAGAAGCCAUUUCCUUGUGAACAUUGUCCAAUGGCUUUCCGUUCCCGAGUUAAUCUUAAUCAGCACCUGGUUGUCCAUUCAGAAGAAAGGCCCUUUACUUGCCCAUAUUGCAACAGAGGUUUUCGUCGCCGUGACACCCUUGAUGUUCAUGUGCGCACACACACAGGGGAACGGCCUUAUGGUUGUCAAGUGUGUGGCAGGCGUUUUAAGCAGAAGGGUGACUGCAAUAAGCAUCAGAAAUCACAUUUUAAGGACUCUGAUGUUCCAAUAGACGUGCCAGUGAAAAGUGGGAGAGGAGCUCACAGUAGUCGUGCAGAUCAAGCAAAAAUGAUAAUUCCAGGUGCAGCUGCAAGUACUGUUUCUCAGCAAUCUAUACAAGAGGAUACAGCACCAGCUGAAAGCUAUGCUUGUGCUUUAUGUGGAGUAGUCUUUGAUAACAAGUUUGAAACAGAACAGCACUUUGAAUCAUUCCAUUCUGUUGGGGAGGGAGCACCAGAAACAAUUAUCAUUAGCACAGACAAUAUUGUAGCCCCCGAAAAUGGGAUUGUGUUGUCAGAAAUAGCCAUAGUUGGAAAUGAACAGGAUAACAUUAUACUCCCCGACUAUGCCACUGAAGCAGAUAACAACAGUCAGUAAUAACAAGCUGUCCAGUAAGUUAUUAGUUUGUGAGUGUGCAGUGUUAUGUACACUAUUACUCCAUCAUUGUCCCAGUAUUUUGUCAAUCAAAAUGGAUUAUUUUAAAGAUGCAAUUUUAGAUUUAUGUAGUUUUUGUGUGUUCUGUUAUUAAUCAGAAAAGAUUUUAAGUUGCAAUGAGUACAAUAGUAAUUUUUCAGCAAUUCCUGUUUUAAGGAAUUAUGUACAAUUGUAAAUACAAUGCAUUGUUUUUAAUGGAGUUCUAGAAAACUGUGCACAAACUGUCGAGUAUAUUUUGGCCCGAGGCAAUGGACCUGAAUGACCACUUACUACAUUUUUGUUUAUUAUACAAUUGAUUUAUAAAAAGAUACAAUUUAAUGUUUAUAUACUGAAUACUUUGAUGUCAUAGUACAAUCAAAACAGUUCAACUUUGUGAUGUGACAGAUUUUAAUUGUAUGUAGUUUAUAGAAACAGGAAUGGAUGUCAAGUCUUAGGCUUGGCAAGCAUAUCAGAAAUAUCUCUUUCUGUUUCAAAAGAAGAAAGCUCUGGUCAUUGAUGUGUCAUGCAAGAGAGUAAAUGGAAGAAAGAGCAUAUUUUUGGAUUAUAAAAGUUCUCCUUGAUUUGUGCAGAAUUCAGUGGUUGCCUUAAGCACUCUUCACUUUCUUACUCUAUAUGAAUAUGUAUGUACAUAUUUUAUAUCAUUGUUCAACAUUUUGUCAGGAAAAAAAUAAUAAACAAAGUUC